CCAGCAGAGCCCUUGAGUCAUGGCGAGCGCAACUCCCAGUGAGAGUGUGGACAGUGAACUGCGCUGCUCCAUCUGCCUGGGCACGUUCGUCUGCCCCUCCACGCUGAGCUGCGGACACUCGUUCUGCCUGCGGUGCCUGGAGGCCGCCUGGGAGACGGCGAGUAGCUUCAGCUGCCCGCAGUGCCGAGCGAUCUUCCCUGUGCGACCCCAGCUGAGGAGGAACGUGGCCCUCGCCAACCUGGCCGAGCAGCUCAGAGUUGGAGACGGGAUGGCCACGGCCGUCGUGUGUGACAACUGCAGUGAUGGCCACACUCCUGCAGUGAAGACCUGCCUGAAAUGCGAGAUGUCCUUCUGUGCGACGCACUUGAAGCCUCACUUGGAGAAUCCCAGGUUGAGAGGCCACGCCGUGGUGGAGCCCAAUGCGAUUUUGGACAAGAGAAGAUGCCCUAAUCACAGCAGGGAGCUGGAGUUCUACUGCACAGUAGACAGCGGCCUGCUCUGCUCAGCUUGCACUAUCGCAGGUGAACACACGGGGCACGAGGUGCUGACGCUGCAGGACGAGCACGAGACACGGAAGACGCGCGUCGGGGAGGAGACGCGAGCGGUGGAGGAGAAGAGGACGAUGGCGGAGGAGUCCGUGAAGCGGAUGGAGGCCACUCGCAAGGGAGCGCAGGAAUCGUUGGCCGUGAUCAGGGGUCGCAUCGUGCGCAAGUUCGCCCGCCUCAGGAGGGCUCUGGACGAGGACGAGAGGGAGGCUCUACGCCGCGUGGCCGUGAAGGAGCGCGAGCUACUGUCCCGGAUAGACGAGGACAUCGCUCAUCACAAGCGAGAGAUCGGGGAGCUCCAAGCGGCGGCCGCCCGCCUGAGCGCCCUGCGACACGAGAGGGACUCGCUCGCCUUCCUGCAGGGGCACCUGGAGGAGACGCGCAGAAGAGACAUCCCAAAGGGAUCUGCACCCCCACCUCCCACUUCACUGGACGUCACCACGAUCCGCUCCCUUGAAAGUGCCAUGUGCAGACUCCUGCCUCUCGUCUAUGGACGCUCACCGACUCUGGACACAAACUCAGCCCACAACCGCCUCCAGAUUUCCUCGGAUCUCAGGACGGUGAUGCUGAGCGGUGUCUCCCAGGGUCGCCCCCAUCACCCACACCGCUUUGACGUGUGGGGACAAGCCCUGUGCUCUGAGAGCUUCUCGUCGGGUCAGCACUACUGGGAGGUGGACGUGGGGAGCGCGGAGUUGUGUCGGGUUGGAGUCGCGUACGGGACGAUCCCACGGAGAGGGAGUGUUGCUGAGUGCUGCCUGGGAGUGAGCGACGUCUCCUGGUGUCUACAGAAACUUGGCGACAGCUUCUCAGUGCAUCAUGGCGGGGUAGAGACGUCACUGUCCGUGCCGGAGCCUCAGCGGAGAGUCGGGGUCCAUCUGGACUGGGACGCGGGGCUGCUGUCGUUUUACAGCGCCGACUCCAUGGCGCCGUUGCACUCGUUUCACCAAAGCUUCGCUCGGCCUCUACAUGCUGGGCUUUUGGUUGGGUGGGGUAAAGUUGGUGACUCAGUGACGAUUGUGGAUCUGAGUGGUGAGUGCUCAGAGCGGUGAACGUGAACAGCGUCGAGGGCAGACGCCAUGACGCACGGCGCUCGCCACCAUCAUCGCCGUCACGCGCAGUUGCCACGCCAGUGACUGGCUGGUGGCCGUCGGUGGCGAGGGGCUGCGUGGCUCUCCAUCACAACGGGGGGCUAAGCGUAAACAAUCCUCGCAACAUUUCUAAGGGGGUGAUACAAUAAGUACUGCUCUGUGUGUGAAGCCAAAGUGGAUAUAUUCAAUUUUUCGAUGUAAAGCUUUCGUGACUAUAGGGAUUCAUCUUCUUGGUUCUUUCGGUAAAGUCAUCACGUAGAAGGGAAAUAAUAAAAAUAAAACAUAAUAAAAUAAUUCUCACGACGUUUCGGCCACAACGCAAGCAGC